CGUUCAUUCGCAUCACGUUCAAAAUGGCGGCCGUACUGAAUUCUGUGAAGUCAUUCGGUGGUCACAACAUGUCUGUAAACGGCGGGCCAGACUUCAUGGACGCACCAGUUACAACAGGGACGUCCAUCAUGGCGGUGGAGUUCGCAGGUGGAGUGGUGAUCGGAGCUGACUCACGGACAACCUCCGGGUCUUACAUCGCUAACCGAGUAACGGACAAACUCACACCGAUACACGACCGGAUCUUCUGCUGCCGGUCGGGCUCCGCUGCCGACACGCAGGCCAUCGCUGACAUCGUGUCCUACCACACCAGCUUCCACAGUAUUGAGGUGGGUGAGCCCCCCCUGGUGCGGACGGCAGCAAACCUGUUUAAGGACCUGUGCUACAGGCACCGGGAGGACCUGACGGCUGGCAUCAUUGUGGCAGGAUGGGACAAGAGGAAGGGUGGACAGGUUUACUCAGUUCCCCUGGGUGGGAUGCUGGUCAGGCAGCCCGUAGCUAUAGGAGGUUCCGGUAGCACAUACGUGUACGGUUAUGUGGACUCACACUUCAAGGAGGGCAUGACGAAAGAGGAGUGUUUCCAGUUUUGUGCUAACACCCUGGCCUUGGCGAUGUUCCGUGACGGCUCCAGUGGAGGAGUGAUCCGAUUGGCUGCCAUCAACGAAGACGGGAUAGAGCGCAAGGUCAUCACGGGAGACGACAUCCCCAAAUUCUGGGAGGGGUGAUCGGGUCCUCCUGAUGUCAAUGUGAUAAGACUAGAUAUUUGUAGUAGGCAAGAAUUAUGAUGUACCUUACCAAAAAAUUCUGUCUAACAACUUAAACUGUAACAGUUAAUAAUACCGUAAAAACAACAUCAGUCACCCGUUGUACCAUUUCCUUUGGUAGCAGUUGGACUACUGUAUGGUGUAAUGUCACAAAUUGGAUGACACCUCGCAGUUUUCUACAUGUUUCAUGGACUGCACACUAAGCUUUCUUUGUUGGUUCUUUACAAUGGGAAUAAAAUUACAUGUACAACUCUCUGUUAUCCAUCAAUAAAUGAGCAGCAAAUAAAAUUGCUGGUAUUGAAAGAUG